GGGCCGGGCGGGCGGCAGAAGAUGGCGAGGGUGUGUAGGCGGCAGCAAUGUUCCGUUGAGAGACGCGGCUUUCGGCAAGAACUGGACUCGUGGCGCCACAAGCUCAUUCACCGUGUAGGGUUUGAAAGUAUUCUUGAAGGGCUGUUUGGACCUGCAUUAUUAAAAGAUCUCAGUUUACUUAAAGAUUGUGAACCUGAAAACAUUUCUAAUUGGACUUUUGAUGAAAAUUGUCUGUUCUGUUGUUUGAGAAGAGAGAAAAUAAAGGGACACUUAGUUGGUCUGGAUGAACCAGCAUCAGGAGCUGGGCAAGAAACUCUGCUUAAACAAGAGCACACAAAAAUCAUUCGAUUCGAGAGACAAGCAGAAGAGUUCCUCAAUGCAGUCUUUUAUAGAAAAGACAGUCCCUGGGUCUCCGACCCCAAUAUUCCCCUAGUGGCCCGUGAGAUCAUGCAGCGAAUGAUCCAACAAUUUGCUGCUGAAUAUACCUCAAAAAAUAGCUCUACUCAGGACCCCAGCCAGCCCAAUAGCACAAAGAACCAAAGCCUGCCGAAAGCAUCUCCAGUCACCACCUCUCCCACGGCUGCAACUACUCAGAACCCCGUGCUCAGCAAACUUCUCAUGGCUGACCAAGACUCACCUCUGGACCUUACUGUCAGAAAGUCUCAGUCAGAACCUAGUGAACAAGACGGUGUACUUGAUCUAUCCACUAAGAAAAGUCCAUGUGCUGGCAGCACUUCCCUGAGCCAUUCUCCAGCCUGCUCUAGUACUCAAGGGAACGGGCGACCUGGGAGACCCAGCCAGUACCGCCCAGACGGACUUCGGAGUGGUGAUGGGGUACCUCCAAGAAGCUUACAGGAUGGAACCAGGGAAGGUUUUGGACACUCCACAUCACUCAAAGUUCCUCUGGCUCGAUCCCUACAGAUUAGUGAAGAACUACUAAGCAGAAACCAAUUGUCCACAGCUGCCAGCCUUGGCCCAUCUGGAUUACAGAAUCAUGGACAACACUUGAUAUUAUCCAGGGAAGCCUCUUGGGCAAAACCACAUUAUGAAUUCAACCUCAACCGUAUGAAGUUCAGGGGAAAUGGUGCACUCAGCAACAUCAGUGACCUUCCUUUUCUUGCAGAAAACUCUGCCUUUCCAAAAAUGGCACUUCAAGCAAAACAAGAUGGAAAAAAGGAUGUGAGCCAUUCAUCUCCUGUAGAUUUAAAGAUACCACAAGUUCGAGGAAUGGAUCUUUCUUGGGAGUCUCGCACUGGUGAUCAGUACAGCUAUAGCUCUUUGGUAAUGGGUUCACAAACGGAGAGCGCGCUUAGUAAAAAAUUAAGGGCUAUUCUUCCAAAACAAAAUAGAAAAAGCAUGUUAGAUGCUGCACCUGAUUCUUGGGGCUCAGAUGCUGAGCAGUCUACCUCUGGACAGCCAUAUCCCACAUCGGAUCAAGAAGGAGACCCUGGUUCCAAGCAGCCUCGGAAGAAAAGAGGGCGUUACAGACAGUACAACAGUGAGAUACUGGAGGAAGCAAUCUCGGUGGUUAUGAGUGGAAAAAUGAGUGUUUCCAAAGCUCAGAGUAUUUAUGGGAUUCCCCACAGUACACUGGAGUACAAAGUAAAGGAGAGGCUGGGCACUUUGAAAAACCCUCCAAAGAAAAAGAUGAAAUUAAUGAGGUCGGAGGGGCCAGACGUUUCUGUAAAGAUUGAAUUAGAUCCCCAGGGAGAGGCAGCACAAAGUGCAAAUGAAUCAAAAAAUGAGUAGGAAUACUGUAGAGUGCCAAUUACUGUACAAACUGGGUGAGCACUACUGCAUCAUUGUUCAGCUGUCAUUGCUUGUACCUAACUUCAUUAACUGUGACACUCAUUUCUUUGCAGAUUUUGCAUUGACUUGUGUGUGCAGAGGUGAAAGGUGCAUUCUGAAUGUUGCGUAUUUUGAAAUUUCCAUGUGCAGUAUGGCUCGGAAUAUUGUUUGGCCUUUUGCAUGUUUCUCUACAAAAGAGAAUUGAGUUACCUCACAGAGAACAGAUACAUGGAAGUUGGACUCCUUGCCUAUAGAGCCUGCAUGCUUUUCUUUCUUUAUUCCUUUAUGUUUGCCUUUACUUUAAAAAAAGGAGGAGAAAAAAAGGCCUCUUUCAGAUAUCACCUGUUUUAACUAGGAGCUUUAUCAUUGCAAAUUGGAAAGCCAUCUUAUAAAAUUGUUCACACUUUUUCUUCAACAAUUCAAGGAAUUGAAGGAUUAAACUAAAGAAAAUAUGAAGAAGAACAGUGAAGCUUUGAAUUUGAGAAAUUUGGUUAUUCAGUGAUAAAUACUUAUUUUGGUCAUUUAUAAUUACAAUUUCUUCUCACUAUUAAAUUUGCUUAAUUAGCAGUCUACAUAGUGCUCACCCAGAGGGGAAGGAGGUGGGAAAUGUGCACACACUACCUUCAGAAAUGUUUUCAGUUAAUUACUUUGAACACUACCUUUGCUGUGAUUUCAUUUGAGAUUUUCUAAGGGUAGAAUUUGGUCUCACCACCAAGUGAGGACAUAGCCUUAUCUCAUGAAGGACGAGCUCCCUUCUUACUCAGGAGCAGUCAGGGUACAUUACAUAAAAUAAUGGCGGAUGCCUCGUUUUAGCAACUGUUUCUUUGUAUUUUUCAGCCAUUUUGCAGAAUUGAUUAUUUGCUAACAACUGAAUGUUGUUGCAGCAGUUAGUUGAAAGAUAUUCAAGAUCUGUUUAUUGGGGAUGAGAGAAAUAGGGAAAUAAAUACAUAAACACAUAAUUGUGGUAUAGCAAAAAGAAUACCUAGAUUUUAUAGUCUCAGUAGUCUGUCCAGUAUCUACAUUCAUGAAGGAUCUAAGUUUUUAGUAAAAGAACAGAAUCCCAAGAAAAAACAGAAUCCUAAUAUGACUCAGGUUGCAUAUCACUUCUCAUGUAAUUCAGUCAGGAGCUUAGUUUAUUGGAGUUUCUUUUUUAAGUAAUCUAAAUACUAGUACAUGGUUGGGAGGGAUUUUAAGGUUUUACUUAAUUUUGUUUAUCUGAAAUUUUCUUUCUAUGGUAUCCUUAUUUUUCUGAUAUUUAGCUGCUUUUCAUGGUUGGUUAGCACACGGAUCAAGACCUUUCAGAUCAUGUUUGUAUAAGCACUCCUUGAAGGAAUAUUUAAGCUUUUUUGAAAUGGGCUUUUAAGAUUAUAGUAAUUAAGUUUGAAAUUUUUAGUUUCUGCAGUUUUUGCAAGAAUAACUGAUAAGUGAAGCCCAUAAAUUUAAUAUUUCUGUGAUCAAAUUAAAAUUACUACUUGUGCAAAACAAAAUCCAUACCAUGUAUAUUCUGUAUUUCUAUCUGCUGAGAAUGGUGGUCAGGCCCUUCUAAUGCUUAACCAAAACCAAAAACCUUUGCUGUUUCUGUGUAGCAUAAAAUCCAGCAUGCCAUGUUGAUUAAGAUUAAAGUUGGUGAUUUCAAAUGGAUACUAACAGUUUGAGGAGAAGUAGUAAGUACAGGUAUUCCCAAGGCAUAAAUUCUUGCCUGGAAACUUUGGACCUAUUAAUUAAAUUAGGUUAAGGAUAGUUUUCCAUGUGUGUUCAAAGGUUAGGCACACCAUUGCUGUUAUUAAAAUACAUGCACUGCUCAUUCUUGACACAGUUUGGGCAUGGUUUCUCUUUUGAUUUGGUUAUUUUGCAUAGCAGUUUAAUCAGCGGGUGACUAAACCUGUUUCCCCUUAGCUUUUUAGUCUCAACAGAAAAAGCAGUUUGGGUUGAGUAAUAGUGUAUAACUGCAAUAUUUUCUAGCCUAGCUGGAAGUUGCAAUAAAAAUACUUAAUGAAAAGUAUGUUUUUCAUCUGCAGUUGAAGGAAGUUGAAAGUUUGCUGGAAGCAAAGGGCUAAGAUUAUGAAGGAACACUUCCUUUGUUCCACACUCAAUUUUUCAGGACAUUUCCAGCCAUGGCAACUUUUUGCAUAAUGUUUGGAAUAUUCGUUAACUCAAAAUUGCUGCAAAAAGGCUCUUUGAGAAGUUUAUUUGUACUUGCUUUUACCACCUCUCAAAAAGAAAUCAUUAAAGGCCCAUUUAAAAAUCUGGCCCUAAAAGAUGAACUUUGUAGAAUUUUACUGUUGAGAGAGGUUUAAUCCUAUGUGGUAGUCUUUAGUGAUGUAUGAGUUGAGUUAUGUAAAUUUUGUCAUUGUAGUGGACACGGAGUGAUCAUUUUACUAACAUAAAUAUUUUCUAUGUGUGUUUCAGUGGAUGACAAUCGAGCAGCAGAAGAAUGGUGUGCCUACCCUUUAAUGCUGCAGUUUAAAUAAGAGAACUUGUAUUGUGUCAUUUCAGAUUGUAGGCUGAGAGUUGUAAAUAGUGAAAAUUUGAGUAUUUCUAUUGUUUGUUUUGGUUAGAAAGUGAAUUUAAAAACAAACCAAACUCUAAACUUUCUCAGAUUAAAAGUCCUGAGACCUGAAGAUUGUAAUAUUCAUGUCUGUGAAGCUUUUAAACAUUACACUUGAGUUCAGUCAUGACUUGAUAAUUCAGGUAAAUUUUCCUUUCCAAGAAGCUUUUGAAUAAGCAUAUUUUCUCCAAAGGUCUCUUUCUCUUUCUCUGUUUUAUUUUGUUGUUGUUGGGUGUAGAUUAUUUUAAAGCACUAAUUGCAUUACAUUUGUAAUUGCAAUAUAAAAUAGCCAUUAUUGUUUUGUGAAGCAUGGUUGAAAUUAGGUUAGUGGUCCCUUUUAAAUUUCAUGAGCCUCUCAAAAAAAAAAAACCUUAAAAAACAAAAGCUGCUGAAUAUUUCAGAAAGAUAUAUAUUUUACCUUAUUGUAGUUUUUGUAAAAUUAGUUUGUAAUAUUCAGGUGCACUUUUAAUGUUAAAUUUUGUGUUCAGAUUUCCAUCGUACCAUGUAUUUCUUGGAGGUGGCUCAUCACAUGGCUGACUGUCAGUCUUUGUGUCACAGUGAUUUUUUAAUAUUUUAUUUCUUUCUUGAUUUGCCACUAUACGGUAUUGGCACUUUCAGUAUAGAUAUUCUUGUUUGGGGACAUCUUUAUAAAUUUGUAAUAGAGAUUGAUCUAUUCGCAUGCUCAGUGUCUGCUAAUCAGAGUUUUGCGUAGCCCAAACAACAGUUGGCCAUUUUUAUGGUAUGGAAAAGUGUAGUUCAUGACUGUCACAGAAGCCUUUGUUUGUGGCAUUUUCCAGUAGGUGGACAAAUGAUGACAUUACUGAAAUAACAUUAUUUGAACUAAUUGUAGGAAAUAAUAUAUUUAAAAUAAAUUCUUGCGUUUUAAAUGAGAGACAAUUGAUAUUGUAGAGUAGAUAAGCUAUAGUACUAUAAAAUCAAGAACACUAAAUAAUUCUGAGGAGGAUAACUAGUUGGUACUUUAUCAUCAGCUUUCUUAUUUCGGAGACAUUAUAGUCAUCAAAGUUGACCUAAUAUAGUGUAUUGCAUUUCUUUGUUCAGUAGGCUUACAAGUGACUCUGAGUUAUAUUUGUGAUGAGCUAUAGACUCUUUUUCUGCUUCUCAAAUACCAUGAAGGACAAGGUCUCUCUUUCAGGAAAAAUAAUUUAUAUUUAUGUAUAAUACUUUUUAAAUAUAAGUUUGUUGUUAUUCUGAAAUUUAGAUGUUGCUUGAUAAAACUUUGCUGCAGCAGAUCUUGAAUAUGAGUAAGGCUUUGUGUGAUAGUAGGGGUCCUUAUGUGAAGUUGAUUACUGGUCGGUUCUGGUGAGCAAGUUCAACAAGUGUGAAGUGUGUAUUAGCUUUAUUUGGUACACUUUUGUUUUACAAUAUUGAAGUGCUUUAGAACUAUGGUUAUCUUACAUAAAACCAUUACCUCAACUAAUUGGCAUUUUUAUUCCCCAACCUUUUUACCUUAGCUGUAAUGUGAGUUAUACGGGAUCAGAUAGCAGAACAAUAAAUGAUAAAAUGAGAUGUUUAAUUCCAGUUUUCUGUAGAGAACUCUAAAUUUGACUAAGCAUAACUACCUGUUAAGGCCUAUAUCAUAACUACCUUCUGUCAUUAAGCAGUACAUGUCAGCCUUUGAGCUGCUAGUAAGCUGUGUUUCUCCUCUUACCCCAUGUAAACUCAUGGCAUAGUCUUCAUGAUUCCUUCAUUUCAUUGACAACCCCCACCCCAAUAGUGAAGCUUGAAUUUACGUUAUUGUUUUCUUAAAACGAGUAAUGAGUCAGUUCAUUGUUGGAAGCUGAAGUAUUUUGAGUCAUUACAGCAGAUACACGACAGGUUGUUGUCAGUUUAUUUAACAGCUAUUACCUUGCAAGGUUUCAUUUAAAACCACACACUUUUGAUUUUGUAAUUCUUUAACCAAAUACCUGAGGUUGUUUUCAUACGAACUACUCAUUUCUAUAUAUUCAGGUUGCUGUCAUUGGUCAUAGAAUAUGGAUAGAUCAAAUUGACCCACUUAAUGCUUUAUAGAAGAUUGAAAGUUACAGGUUAAAUUUUGGCCUUCAUAAAGGAAGGUAUCAAAAUUUUUCCCACGUUCCCUUUCCAUUAGAAUUAGGUCUUUAUUAAUACUAUGGGCAGGCCAGUGUUUAUGAAGAGCUUGAUGGCUUUAGUCAAACAGUCUAUUUAGGAGACCACUAGUAGCAAUUUUUUACAAUCUGUUUUACUGAAAGGGAAAAAAAGUAUAAUUGUGGUACAUGGAUACCUCUUUGUUUUUAGUUGAUUUUGGAUUCUGCCCUUGAGACAUGAAUAGAUUUGUGAACAUGCUGACCGAAAGGAAACUGAGGAAAUUCUUUCCUCUUUAAUCCAAAUAAAAGGUUACAAGUGACCUUUUAGAGAAGCAAACAUUAACUCCAUAGCAUAACACUAUGAACCGUGUGCCCGAAGUAUAAAAGGAGAUUGGGAGAAAAGCAUGGGAUUUAGGAUGGGCAAGUACAUAGAUUUUGGAGAAGAGGCUAAAGAUUAUCCUCUAUUAAAGUAAAAAUUAAUCACAGUACAGUGUGCUAAAGUUGGGCCAUCUUCAUUUUUGAUAGAAAAAUAUUUUACAUUGAGAAAGAAUCAAGGCUAAUUAAUAAUGUUAGCUUGGAAAAAUAAUAAAGCAUAAAUUCUGCAACUAUUUGGGGGAAAUUUUAAGGUUUCAGUUCAUUUAGAGCUAUAUCCAUAAAAGCUGUAAAGCAAGCACUUUUAGUUAACUAUAGAUUUAUUGGAUGUAGCAGAUAUUGUAAUCGUAAUAUUUAAUCUUUAUUGUUUGAAUGUGGAAAUGAACCCUUUACUCCUUGAACUGUUAUUGAACAGGCUCAAGAUGAUCUUUUAACACUGGAAAUGACCCUACACACAUACCAAAAACAAACAAAACCCUAAAGCAGUAAGACAUUUGAAGGAUCCAUACCUCUUAAACUUUUUAGAUUUGUCUUGAGAAAAAAAAUUAUGAACCUGUAACCAGUAUUAGUGCAGUCUUGGGUUCCUUGUUCUGCAUAAUUGCACCCUUUCUCAGGUAUGUCCUGAAAACAUAAAUUUUAAAAUCUCUUUGGAGAUUAGAUUCUCAGCGGAUAGUGUGUGUGUAAGGGGAUUGGGGGUGGGGGGCCGGGCAUAGCUGGACACAGGACACUGACAUAGUAGAGCAGGGAUUUUUAACAGUCAAUAGCCAAAUAGAACUUCAAUCUAGAAUAUUUUUACCCCUCAGAAUAAGUGAGACCACUCCUAUUUGGUAAAUACCUGGUGCUACACUCCUAAAAAUAUUUUCUUUCAUCCAGGUGACUUUUUCCUGCUUGGUGGAAGGUUAUAUAGUAAACUUUACUGUCAUUAGGAAAGCACUUGCCCAAAAUUUUUUAAGUACUAGAUAAGGGAUAAUUCAGCACUUUUUCUGUUGCAACACUAAAGUCUUAAUUUAUCUUCAGAGUCUUAGGUACUGUAAGUCUUAGGAUGAUUAUUUGAAAAUAUGAAGCAUAUUGCAUAAUAUGGAGUCUGAAUCACCUUUUUAUAAAUCUUAUUUUAACAAAGAAACCAGUAACAUUUUGUACCUGUCUAACAAUUCUAAGUGAUUGCCUCAUUUUUCCUAUUUUAUUAAUAAGCAUUUCAGGCUUAAGAAUUUGGAAUUUCAGAGGUGAGGGAAAAAUGACCCCAAAUGGAAAAUCAUAUCGUACCAUUUUAGAAAAAUAAAUCCCCAAGAAAAUGGGUAGGGAUUCUCUUUUUUGAAGUCUUCAGGGAAUGAACAGUAUUUAGAAUCUUUGGCUGAAAUUCAAGCCUUUUUACUGUAAAUUUUUAAUAUUAAUUCACUGACAUGCUUUUUACAUCAGAGGACUGUAAUGGAUCUUAAUGUUUUUAAGUUGUGGAAGGGUAUAUUUCUAAAUGUGGGUGGGAUAAUUAACUAGGUUAGUAUUACCAGCAUUAGUAAGUUUAAGGAAUUUAGUAUGUAAUAGCAAAGUGUUUGAUUAAAAGUCUAAUCCUAUAUUGCUAGUCAAAAUUAGUUACAUUCUGAUCUAGGAAAGAUAUAGUCAUUGGAUAUUGAUAGGCUGUGCUGUCAGAAAACCAGACUAAGAUAGAAACCUUUAUCUGACUCCCACAUUGUUGCUUGUUCUGAUGGGAUGUAUCCUUUAGAGCAGCUUGUUGCUGCUUUGAAAAGAAUGCAUAAACUAUUCAUUAGGAGAGUUGCGUAUAAUUCUUUAUAACCUCCACUUUAAACUCUCAGACAUUGGUAUUUUAUCAGUCCACACUGUUAAAUAAGACUAAUGUUUUUUAGAAAUCCCACUUGUACACACUGUUUAAAAACCCUCAGGGACAGUUUACACACUCUUCUCACUCAAUUCAGGUACUUAGAUGCUAUUCUUAAACCUAACAGUGACUUGUAAUUUUCUGUUUUGCUUUUAUUUUGACGUGCUGGUAGCACAUCUUUGAUGAAUGUCAACUUAAAAAAAACUCAUUUCAGGUAUCCAGGUAUAUAACUCAGCCAAACAGAUUUUAAAGCUGCAUAUAACUCUCCAGCACACGGUGCCUCACACUCUUAUAGUGGCAUUCUAUAUAUUCAGUUAUUACUACUGAGCAGAUAAUAUGGGGGGUUCCUGUUAACAGUGUAUUUUUUAAAACGUGCAUAAAUGUAUAGCCAGCACACAGACGCACAUGCACACAUGGUUACACUAUAUAGUUUUUAAAUGCCACUAAUAGCCAGCACAAUUAAAAGACAUUCCUAACUGUGUCUGUAAACUAACAGAUGUAGUUCCUUUUUAAUGUGGCUCUUGCUUCUUCACCAUAACUACUACUAAAUUCAAGCACUGGUCCUUGGGUGUCUGACCUCUACAUUCUAGUUUAUGCAAUGUCUUCAGAGAAUUCUGUGCACUGGCCACUGUGAUAGAACCAUUGGGCCAGGAGUGCUUUGAGUUUAUCAGUAGUGAUUCUGCCAAAGUUGGUGUUUUAACAUGAGUAUGUAAAAUGUCAAAAAAAAUUAGCAGAGGUCUAAACCUGAAUAUCAGGAGACAAUUAUGUCAGUGUAUUUUAUAGCCUUUAAAGACCUCAGUGACAAGUUUCUUCUGAUGUUAACACUAGGCUCUAAAAACCUUUUUGUUUUCUACAGUACUACCUGUGGUUAACAAAAUAGGUUACCCCUCUGCUUUAAUACUUGAUAUCUUACAUCCAGUAGAAUGAUAUUCAUAUAUAAAACUAUAGCCUUUGAAGAUAGGAAAAUCAAAUUUAUAUAAGUUCAGGUGUCAUGCAACAAAACAGGAACCCCCUAAACUCGUAUGGACCUCAUUUCAAUAUACUGUUUACAGUUUGACGGAAUUGUAUAAUUUAAUAUUUCUCUUGUACUGUAGUUUAUAUUUAUUUACAGAUUUUUGUACUGUGUGAUUUUUGAACUUUUUGUUCCUUGCUAUGAUCAAUGUUUAUGUAGUAGAGCACUUAUGAUCACAAAUUAAGUUUUUUGGUUUGAUUGCACUACAUUUUUAAAUGCAGUUCUGAUUUUUGACUGGACUAAAAUAAGCUGUGUCUUAAUGUAUGUGAUGAGUACUUAAAAUUUUAAUUCAUGUGGUUCCCCAACCCCUUUUGCAUUGUAUGUCAAAAGCACUAGUUAUUUUGUGCAUGUGUAAGAUUUAAUGGUUCCAUUGUAUUAUUUGACCAUGACAUUUUGGAGAAACAUUCCCAGCUGUAAUGUUGUGUAUGGUAGUUCUCACUGGAUGCUAGACUUUCAAAACCACUAUUCUUCUAAUAAAUUUUGUUGUGAAAAACUGCUUUAA